AUGGAGCGUCUGCACACUGACGUAGCUGCUUUUGUUCAAUCCCACCCUCAAACACCCAUCGCUGAGAGAAUUCAUAUUUUGUGGGAUGUGUCAAAGUGUCUUCAAUAUCUCCACUCGCUGACCCCUCCCCCCAUACACCGUGACCUCACUGCUCCCAACAUCCUGCUCACUGAUGACCUGGCGGCCAAAAUAGGAGACUUGGGAGUAUCCAGAGACGUGGAUCGUGACGCAUUGUCGAGGCUGCUAACGAAAGCUCCUGGAAACGUAUACGACAUGUCCCCCGAAGCAAGAGACGAGAAUCCGCAGUACACUGUCAAGCUGGACAUUUUCUCCUUCGGUACUCUCAUUAUCCACACGUUCAUUGGCCAAGUUCCUGCUCUACAUGAUGUACCCUACAAUCAGCAAGCUCUAAAGCUCAGUGAAGAGGGAAAGAUCGAGUUAAUGAAAAGAAGAAGGGCUAUUCAACAGAUGACCACAGACCACUGCAUGUAUCCUCUCAUUGUCCGCUGUCUCCAUGACAAACCUGCUCCCAGACCAACUGCAGACAAAAUGCACCAGUCACUGCAAGAGUUGUACCUGAUUAGCUUCCAGUGGAUGGAGCAGCAAUGGGAGAGGUGUGAGGAUACAAUCAACAAGCCUCUCCUGGUGAUGGAUCUGAAGCGGAAACAUUAA